AUGGCUUCCUCUGAAUUUCAAGCCACGGAUAUCUCUCCAGACCUGAAACAUGACGCUCAACGCGAGUUGGUCGAGAGUUCUCAAAGGGCCACUCAACGAGAACAUGAUCUGACCAUCCGACAAGCCCUUACCAAGCACAGAAGUGCCGUCUUCUGGGCGGCAUACUUCAUUCUUCCUGGUUUCGUGAUUGGUUAUGAUCCAACAAUCCUCGGCACUUUGGUCGGUGUUCCACAAUUCCGAAAAGACUUUGGAUACGAACACCCUGUUGGAUCAGGCAACUAUGUCCUCUCUUCUUCUUGGACAUCCGCAUUUCCCUAUGCACCAAUCAUCGGCUUCUUGGUAGCGCCGCUUUGGGCAGGAUGGUGCGUCGAUCGCUUUGGACCCAGAAAAACACUGUUAUGCUGCACCACCCUGUCUUUGGGAACUCUCUUGAUGGAAGUUCUGGGUAACUCUGCAGGCCUUAUUUUUGCCGGAGACAUCCUUACUGGCCUCCUCACCGGCGGCUUCCCUGUCCUCGGACCCGCAUACAUCGGUGAAAUCCUUCCUGUCAGUCUUCGAGGUGUCGGACUGGCAGCCAACAACUUCGCUCAGGUGGCUGGGUCAUUCAUUGCCAUCGGUAUCUUGCGUGGAACAGAAACUCGGGCGGACAAAUGGGCGUACAAGAUCCCUUUCAUCACGGAAUAUGCUUUCCCUGUGAUCUUUAUCUUAGGAGCACUCUUUGCCCCCGAAACGCCCUGGUUUUUAGUGAAGAAAGCGCGAUACGAAGAAGCAGAAAAAUCCCUGAAGCGCACUGGAUAUACCGAGGACCUCGACGAUACCCUAGCUCAUAUGAAGGAAACCAUUCUACUGGGGGAGCAGUGUACAUCCUCAGCCACCUACCUUGAUUGCUUCAAGGGCACAAACUUCCGACGUACUGCAAUCUGCUCAAUCUGUUACAGCGGUCAAUUUUUCUGCGGAGUGAACGUUGUGUCUUCAUAUGCUACAUAUUUUUUCCAGCUAGCAGGUGUGACAACAGACCAGGCCUUUGAUCUUUCUCUUGGUAUGUUUGCACUUGGUAUUGUCGGAAAUAUCAUUUCCUGGCCUUUACUGUCAAUUUGGGGCAGAAGGCUCCCCUACAUUUUAACUACUUGCGCAACUGGAGUUUUGAUGUUUUUGAUUGGAUUUUUGGAUCUCGCACCAUCUUCCAAUACCCCCGCCUUAUACGCCAAGUCAUCCAUGCUGCUUGUCUUUUUCUUCAUUUACAACUUUGGUCUCGGCCCUCUUGUUUAUGCCUUGAUUGCUGAGAUCCCAAGCACAACAAUUCGUGGAAAGACAAUGGGUGUGGCAUGUGCUUUUGCCCAUAUCUUUUCCCUUGUUCUUACAGCUGCCCUUCCCUAUGCAAUGAGCCCUCUUGAGGCAGACUGGGGUGGCAAAAUUGGAUUUUUGUUUGGAGGACUCAGCAUUGGAGUAAUUAUCUGGGCCUGUUUGUGUCUACCAGAAACCAAGGGCAGAACGUUCGAGGAGCUCGAUAUUCUCUUCGAGCGAAAUACCCCAGCCUGGAAGUUUGCGAGCACUGACCUAACAAAUUUUGAUCGUUUGGACGGCACUCACGGCGAUCAAGCAUAG